UGACAGGCGUGCUCGGUGCAUGCGUGCUGCUGGAGUCAGUCAGUGACGUUCUUGUCCCAGAAUGCUGCCUGGUAAACAGACAUGGAAGCACCUGGUGGAGACCUCCACAGUCACUGAGCGCUGCACUCGCUCUUUAAGCUGAUCUUCAUUUUCAAUACACCCUAAAGCCUGCGCCUUUUUUCUCUUUUGAGCUCUACCGGAACGUCUGGUGUCCAGGACAUUGAUUCCCUCACCAGCUUGUGUAGCAGUCUGGAAUCACCAAAGCUGAUGAGGAUCUACUGACUUGACCAGUUUUGUUCCAUUUUUUUUUACUUUUGACAAGCGGAAAGAAUGUCGGAAAGGGCCGAUGAUGACGUCAGGGGGGAGCAGCAGCAGCAGCGCAGCAGAGCGGCCAGGCAGCUGAAGCAGCGGGGAGAAGCCUCCACAGCAAUGGCGACUGUUGCGGAGCGCAGAUCCCUGCCUAGUCCUGAAAUAUUGCCGGGACAGCCUUGGAGCAGCUGGGUCGAUGUUGUGAAACUGUACGGGAGCGACGGUACAGAAUUGGAAGAAAGUUUGAAAGAGUGGGGGAAAAACCGCGAAGCCAUGAGACUCUGCAGAGACGGGUUCAACCAUCACAAAGAUAUGCCCAUCUUUGGUCAGUGUCCAGCACAGGAUGAAUUCUACCUAGUCAUGUGUAGCCACUGCAGUCAGGUAGUCAAACCCCAGGCCUUCCAAGCACACUAUGAGAGAAGACACAGCUCCAGCAGCAAGCCCCCAUCCAGCCCUUCUGCAUUCGCAGUCUCUCGGAAUAAGGGCAGCAUUGGGGGCGGGGGCGGAGGCGUCAGUGGAGGGGCACUGACACGCCCCCCCAGCACAAACAGCAGCAUCCCUAAAAUCUUCAAACCAGCCAAAGAGAAGCUGCCUCACUGGAAGCCUCAUUUCCCCUAUAGGGUGCUGCAAGAUGAGAGCCCAAUCCUUGCAGUCAAAGUAGAGAAGGUCCAUCUAAAGGUGGAUUCUUCAGCCAAACUCGCACAUGUGCCCACCUCCACUUCCUCCUCCUCUUCCUCUUCCUCCAAUACUGUGAGCAGCUCUCAGCUGAAGCCAGGCCUUAACUUCCCUUCCAUACCAAAGGCUCCACAAAUGGCCCCUGGCCAGAUCCCCAAUGGAAAGGGACAUCUCUCGUCCCUUGACAAGAAACAGGACAACAGCAGUGCCAGUAGCAAAAGACCCUUGUACAAGAGACAAGAAAGGGAGUUUAAUCCAGAUAUCCAUUGUGGGGUUAUGGAUAUUACAGCACGUAAGCCAUGCACAAGAUCCUUAACAUGCAAGACACAUUCCAUAAGCCAGAGGAGGGCGGUGCUCGGUCGGCGGCAACGCUUUGACACGCUUCUCGCUGAGCACAAGAGCAAAGCACGUGACAAGGAGCUGCAUUUCAGGUUGGACCCCUCCCACCCAGCACCCCCUCUCAGGGACCCUCACCCUUCCCCCUCCCACCUCUCACAAGACCCUCACCCAGUCUCUCAUGGCAAUGGCACUGCCGAUGCCUCCAAGCCUUUGCCCCUCAGCAAACCCAAACCUCAUAAUUCUGGGCUUCCACGACUUAACAGCAGUAAUUCUCACAGUGGAGGAGACCCAGCUAUUGCCCACGAGCAGGCCCACCACUGUCAUCAAGCCCCCGCUGGUACCGAGGCCAGCGAUGAGGGUGAGAACGAGGAGAGAGAGGAGAACACAGAGAAACUGGACUGCCAUUAUUCAGGUUACCACCCACGACCAACUGCUUACUGCACUUUUGGAAGUCGAUUGUUCGGGAGAGGUUGUUAUGCGUUUGAUCGGCGGUGGGAUCAAGUCCGGUGUGCUCUGACCACCAUGUUGGACAAACAUGUCAACUCACAAAGGUGGAAGAAAAUCCCUUUGGUGUUGGAGAACUCUUCAACAACACUAACAGCCUCCCACCGGGCAAGCACAACCUCCCACUCUUCCUCUUCAUCCUCCAUUUCCACAGGCUUUCACAGCCUGUCCUCACCACCGCCCUAUGACAGCAAGCCAGUCCUGUCAUACGGAACCACCCUGAAUGCCCGCUCUUCUCCGCAAGCCUCCACCACUGAGCAGCCCGCCUACAGUGGCACGUCUAGACAAGUGUCCGCCUCAUCACCCCAGAUGCCUUCAGCCCACUCGUCCUCGCUCCCCUCUCUGGGCUCCAACCGACCCCUUAAAUCCAGAUCUGGAACAAAGUCCUUCAGGGCGAGGGAGCCAUCCUCCAGCCUAAGUAACUCUAUCGUCAAGGGCAACACUAAUAGCAGUGUUAGUGUCAGCAGUAGUGGAAGCAGUAGCCUCAGUUCAGGCAAGAAACGGAAAAACAGUACUCUGUUAACCUCCCAUAGCACUUACACCUCUGAAUCUUCCUCAUCCUCUUCUUCCUCUUUUAAGAAGAACUGUGCGGUAAAUGCGGGCAGCCUAGGGAGCACGUACCACACCACGCUUGCCUCCACUCCAACAUCAUUCUCAUCAUCAUCGACGUCUUCAUCCCACAGCGGGGUGUACAGUGUGGGGGUAAACUGCACUCCAGGCAGGGCCAACUCUCUGAGUUUAAAGCAGGAGUCGGCAGGGCGUGGUCCUCCCUCAGGAAGCCCAGCGGAGUCAAUUAAACGAAUGAGCGUGGUGAUGAACAGCAGCGACUCUACCCUCUCUCUCGGCCCAUUCAUUCACCAGACAAGCGAUCACCACAGAGAUGCACGCCUGGAAGCCAAAAGGAGGAAGGGCUCACCUGGCUCAAGUAGCCUGAACAGCACAGUGUCUGGAACAGGAGGGGGAGUAGGACAGAGUCCUGGCAGGCCUAAAAUGGCCAAGUCUCCAUCAAUCAACAACAUCCACAGCAAACACUCUCGCUCUAUACCUGGACCACCGGGGCUUCCCAACAAUUCACUCAUACAUCAGCCAAAGGCUCGUCCCUGACACAGGUGUGGAGGCUCUGAGCGUGCUGAGCAGUAGGCUGGACCCAGAGCUCCCUCAGCCCCCUCAUGCCACACUGCACGAGGCCUUCUUUUUCUCUUACUCUUCCUACAAUCCUCAGGGUGGAAUGCACACUGGGUGGCCCAUUGAUGUCCUUCAUGGGGAUUUCCUUUCAAAGCCAUGCAGGGGGACUCUGCGGGUAUAGGAUAAUAAGCCAGAGAGAUCUAGUUCUCUUGUCGGAGGUUAUAAUGAAUCUAUACAAUGCACCAUUUGGUACAAUGCCUUCUGCGUUGAGCAAGAGCUGCCAAGCUUGGGUACUUCUGCUGGGGUUCGAAGGUACAGAUUUGGGCUGGAAUGCAGCCUCACCAACACUACCAAGCAUAGGAGGGAUGUACUAUGCGAGCAACUUAACUUGAGUGUGUGGAUGCUGGACGGAACGAAUGCAAGAGUGUGACGCCAGAACACUGGAAACUUAAACCCUACUCUGCCUGAACUGAGUCUUGGAGGAAGUGUACAGCAGAGCAAGCAGACAUCAACAAUUCCUGCAGUAGAAACACAAUCAACAAAAGUUAAAUGUAAUACAUGAAUGCUCGUUCUCUCACUGGCAGGCUGAGUAUGAUGUUCAAGCUGUGGACUUUCAAAAAUGAGCAACAUAAAUUUAAACAUUAUGCAAACUAGAAUUUUUCAAGUUUCUUUUGACCACAUUUUGUUUACAGGCUUAAACAACUAGCAUAGCAAACAGAACAAAAUACCAUUCAGGAUUUAUCAUGACACAUGAUAGCAGUAAAAAAUUUAAUCUUAAAUUUAGAUCAGAUUUUAUUCAAGGGAAUUAUUAUUAUUACCUUGAGACUUAUUUCAGAGAAGCUAAACGAUAGUUACUUUGGCCUACUUUCUUGCAAUUCCUUUUUAUUUUAUUUUUUACAGUAAAAUCCAACUCAUAAGUGAACUUGAACACUGCAUUAGCUAAAGCACUUUUUUCCCCACCACAUUAAUUUAUUAGGGAUUUCAGUAGUUAUAUUUUUCAGGUUUAUGUUAGUAGCCAAGCAACAGUAAUCUCCUGAAUCUCCCCAAAAAUCUUGAGAAAACACUGUAAUCCUCUUAAUGGAAUAUUCCGGGUUCAAUACAAGUUAAGCCCAAUUGACAGAAUUUGUGGUUUAAUAUUAAUUACAACAAAAAUACAUUUUGACUUGUCCUUUUCAUAAAAAAAAAUAAAAAGUUAAAAAAUGAGGUUACAGUGGAGCUCUUACAAUGGAAGUGAAUGGGGGCCAAUUUGAAUGUUAAAAUACUCACUUUUUUAUAAGUGUAGCCACAAGACAUACAAUCUGUGAGUUAACAUGAUUUUAGUGUGAUAAAAUCGCUUACCAGCCUUUUCUGUGUAAAGUUAUAGCCAAUUUUACAACUUUGUUGCCAUGACGAUGUAAUGUCAACAAACCCUAAAAUGACAAUUUAAACAACAGCUCAAAUAAUACAUGAGUUUUAACAGGAGAAUUCAUGUAAGUGCUUUUAUAAAAUUAUAAGCUUCUCAUUUCUGCCUUUAAACCUUCCAAAAAUUGGCCACAUUCACUUCCAUUGUAAGUGCCUCACUGUAACCUCGAUUUUUUGGAGGGACGAGUCUAAAUUAUAUCUAAAAUUUUUGUGGUAAUCCACAUUAUGCCACAAAUGCUGUCGAUUGAGCUUAAAGGGAUAGUUCACCCAAAAAUCUCAUGAUUUACUCACCCUCUUGGCAUCCCAUCUGUGUAUGACUUACUUUCUUCUGCAGAACUCAAAGAUUUUUAGAAGAAUAUUUCAGCUGUGUAGGUUCAUGUAAUGCAAGUGAAUGGGUGCCAAAUUUUGAAGCUCCAAAAUCCACAUAAAGGAAGCAUAGAAGUAAUCCAUCCGACUCCAGUGGUUAAAUACUUGUGUUCAGACACGAUAUGAUAGGUGUGGGUGAGAAACAGAUCAAUAUUUAAGUUUUUUUUUUUAUUAUUAUCGUAACUUCUCCUCCCUGCCCAGUAGGGGGCGAUAUGCAUGAAGAAUGUGAAUCACCAAAAUCAAAACAAAAAGAGAAAGUUAAGGAAAAAGGACUUAAAAAUUGAUCUGUUUCUCACCCACACCUAUCAUAUCUCUUCAGUCAUCUGGAGUAUUUUUAUGUUGCCCUUAGGUGGAUUUUGGAGCUUCAGAAUUUUGGCACCCAUUCACUUGCAUUACAUGGACCUACAGAGCUGAGAUAUUCUUCUAAAAAUCUUCAUUUGUGUUCAGCAGAUGAAAGAAAGUCAAACACAUCUGGGAUGGUAUGAGUAAAUGAUGAGAGAAUUUUCAUUUUUGGGUGAACUAACCCUUUAACUUGUAUUGAACUCAGAAUAUUCCUUUAAAUACCAUAGUUUAAUAAUUACUUAAAAAUGUGACAGCUAUGCUUGCCUUGGAAAAGGUCAUUAAACAAGUCUAGUCUCAGUUUUAGGUACAUUUAAGGCUUGCUUUAGGAAAGCUUUUAGCACAUGCACACACAAAAAAAAAAAAACACUUUUGCAGGAACAAAAAGAGACAGAUGCCAGGUGACGUUUCACCUCUAAUUACUGAUCGUAGCACUAAAGAAGCAUGUGCUGAAAUAUUGAUGUACUAAAAGCAGUAGUCUCAUUUGAAAAAGACUGUAGAAGUUUCCUGGUGUUACGGUGUUAAUACCUUUGGCAUGGUUUGUUUUGUGCUGUUUCAAUCUCAAAAAGGGGCUUGUGGCUACAGUUAAUGUUGAGCCAUAGACCAACAUUACAGAGUCACUGACACUUCUAUCAUCUCAACAAAGGAAUAAACAUCUACAUGACACUCUAUACUGUGAGACACAUACAUCCUGUAUUGCAGGAAAUAUUUAAAAGUAUGUGCUGUAGACUGACCAUCACAAGAAGUCGAAUAACCACUACUUUGUACUGCUGCUGAACGUUCCUGCAGCAUGUAUUGUUCAAACACAAACUGUUGUUAUUCAAGACCCUAAAGAGGUUAGUAGCUGGGCAUCCUGAUAUGAAUUUUCAUUUUUAUUGUGGUCCUGUCAACUUAAAAGGCAAUAGAUCCUUAGAUGAGUUGAUCUUCAAGGAAGUGGAUUCAUUUGUACUAGAGUUGAGCUGGAUUUUGUUGCGCAAAUUGGGGCUCUUUAAAACUCCUGUAAAUUCCUUAACUCCACUGAUGUCAGUCAUCAAUCAUUGCUGAGAAGUAGAGCAUGAUUUGUUUUUCCUUUGGCUUUUUUCAUACACAAAAACCAAAACAAAUAUUUAAGUAUCCCUAUUUCAGAAUACAUAUUUUGUUAAAGAAUUGUACAUAUUGAGAUGUAUUUUUGCACAGGCAUUUUCUUAAAUGAUUUUUGGUACAAUUGAGAUCAUUAUUAUUUAUUUAGUAAAUGGAAACGUUCUAAGAUUAUUGAAGUGGUUCACUGCCAAGCUGAUAAUGCAAUACGCCACUAUCGGAACACAGCUACUUGUUAGUCAUAUGCUGAGUUACCCCGGACGGAUUGUUACCACAGUAGUGGGAAAUCAUCUACCCCAUAUAUAUUGCGGUUAUUUUCAGGUUUAAAAGUGCUUUUUGUGAUGCCUCCCCAUCUUAAACCAAGUGGUCAGAGAAUGUGAAAAAAAUGGCCUGUUCAACUGUGCAAAAGAUGUAAAGUCUGGUUUAUUUAGUAGUUGGACUUUUCUAACUGGGAGAGGGACUAGGGAACAAGACUUUUGUUCAAACAGUUGUACAGUGCAAAACUGCUUGCACCACUGUUGCCAAACGUUGUAAUUGGAUACAUUGCUUUUUAAUUACAUAUUAAUUUGCAUUUCUUUUAACUCUUCACUAAAAAGAGAAAGUGCCUGAAUUAGUUUCUCGUCUACAUGUAACUUUACUUGAAUGUUAUAUAAGGGUUUAGAAACUUGCUUUUUAAAACCUGCCUAGGAAUCUCAUAUGUUGCCCUUUUCCUCUUUAACUACAGCGGUAACUGACACAGGCCAAUAAAUGAAAAGCGCAUCGCAGAGGAGCAUCACUUGACAAUGACAUGAUAAAUGCUUCCCGUCUGUCCCUUGUAUUCUUUUAUGACUUCGACUACUUUUGAUAUUAAAGUCAGAGGGAUAGAUAUUUUUGUGAAAAAUGGGGACAUUGUCUCCUUAAGUCAAUGAUUUCAACCAAUGUUUUAGACAGAUAAAUGUACUGUUUAUCUUGAUAUUGUAACGCCAAUGUUUUCAUAUGAUGAAAGCUUUGUGAAGAUGUUUGUUAAAACACCACAGAUUUGGAAUGUGAAUCGAAGAUAAACGCAGUUUGCUUUUUGGGGAAGUGGCCUCUACAUAUAAACUAUGUACAAGUGUGUAUAUUUAGAUUUCUUUUUUUUUAUGUAUACAUAUUCAAAAUCAUUUGAUCAGCUGGACUUUUGUGUGUUGGCUGCUAUGUAAUUCAUGAACAAACACAGUAGGGUACAUUUAAUUAUUAUUUAAAGAAAAUAUUGUAUAGUAUAUUUGUU